AUAAUUUUUUUUUUAAAGAAAAGAUUGGCAUUAUGUGUUUUUUAUGUCUACCGUCGUCUGCCUGAUUGUUGUUUUAUUUUCAGUGACAUACAAAUAACUAUUUAGAAUGGACGAAAAUCUGAAUUCUUUGGUCUCUGAAGAGAAUACUUUUCCAGUUGAUGAUGUCAGCAAAAUUAUUAAGUCUGCAGUUGAGGAAGUAAUUGAAAGAAACACUUACCAACAUAGUAAAGUGAAACAGUGGUCUGACAAGAUAGUGGAACAAAUUUUGACAAACCUCAAAGAGUUGAAUAAGCCCUUUAAAUAUAUUGCUACUUGUGUUAUAAUGCAAAAGAAUGGAGCUGGAUUUCAUACUGCAAGCUCCUGUUUCUGGGAUAAUGCUACUGAUGGCAGUUGCACUGUGAGAUGGGAAAAUAAAUCAAUGUAUUGUAUUGUCUCAGUAUUUGGUUUGGCUAUAUAAAUUACAUUUCAUAUUUGAUUGUACAUAUUGUGAUUAACUUAUAUUGAAUAAACUUGUCUUUAGAAUUA